UGACGUACCAUCUUGAGUCAAAAAGUCAUUUCAUUUCAUUUCAUUGUCUCACUGGAUAACAUUGGAAUUUUUAUGACGGGAUGAAUGAACUGCAUCAGCCAGGCUAUGGGGACCGUCAGGCAACUGGCAACAUUUUUAGGAGUGUAUUCUCAAAAAAGUGUACAGUGGGUCAUGUUGUAGUUGUAAAAAUUGCAACAAAAGAGAAGCCUGAAGCGGAAGUAGAGUCAGCUGAAAUAACUAUCAGUGACGAUGACACACCUCCUAAAACUGAGACAGAGGAGGAACAAUCUGACACUGAAAGAAUGGAACGCGAAUGCUUAUCACAGCAACUUGGGGCUUGCUGCUAUCAAAGGGUCGGAAACCAAACCAUGAACUCUGAGGUGAGGAAUGUGCCAUGGAUACAGUGCGAUUCCUGUCAUGGUUGGCUUCACACAGACUGUGCAGGAAUACAUCUAACUGAACUAGGCACUGAUUCUUCAUUUAACUGUGGAUGUCAAAUGAAACUGCCCUAUCAUUUAAAAAGAACAAGGGCUGUUGCGAAAGAAUGCUUACUGGAAUCUGUCUUGACAGACGAAGAGAUUCAAAAACUUGCACAUGAUCUUAGAGCUGGGGUGUUACGGUCAAAUAGAAUGUUUCUUAAACAACAUCCCAAUUUUAGUCUCAAAUUCAAACAAAACAGAGAAGCCCUAAUCAGUAUUUUCACUGAAAAACAGACAACUGCCAUAAUCUAUAGAGUGCAUGCUGUAAUGCGCCACAACAAGGGAGACUUGACACAACUUUCGUUUAAUUUAGAAGUGAUGACACCUGAGUUAACUGUGUCCAUUCUGAGAAAGCUAGAAGGAUUUAACCGCUAUCAAGCAGAAAAGGCUUUUUUAAGCCACAUUAUUUUUGAAGAUGAAAACACCCAGAAAGAACUGGAAGACUGAAGACUGGCUGAGUGCCUACAAUCCAGGAAUGAUAAUUAUGA